AUUUCUGACUUGGGCAAAACACUCAACAGUCGAAUAGAUGCUUUGGAGAGUAAAUUUGAAACAUUCGUUGAAAAAAAAAUGACGGUGUUCAAAGAGGAGAUGGGUGAGAGGAUUAAAGCAUUGGAGAAAGAAAGAAAAGAGCCUAAAGACGCUGAUGUACGGAAUGAUGCCACUUCGCACACCAUUAACGAUGAUGAGGGAACAAGUAAAGCACCUUCAUGGAUUGUUGAGAUGAAGCAGACAUCACAAGAUGAAUUUCCAGUUCAAAGGGUGGUGAGGAAGGAAUCUGUGAAGGUUGGGAAGAAGGAAACUUCCAAGAAAAAGAAGAUUACUGGUCUUGCUUCUGACGAUGUUGAGGAUAUCACUACCCAAGUUCAGAAAGCUAAAUUGAAAAUAGCUUCCAGUUCUGAAGAUACAUGGUCCAACAAGGAGGAUCAGUUGGUACAUAAAAAACUUGAGGUGACAUUAAACCGCCUUGGAGAGGCUUUGACGAAGUUGGAUGGACCUGGACCUUCGAAGACUUCUAGACGCGUGCCCCAGUUGGCAGGAUCGCAGAAGUAUCCUUACCUUGGUAACUCGACAGUCAAGCGGAUCAUUACAGAGGGUGAUAAUGUGUUAGGCGAUCAUCUUAAGCCUGUAGAUGAUGAGAAACAUCAGAGACUUCUGGAUUUUCUCAGCCUUGACAAGGAAGAGCCACUUAGCACCAGCAACGCAGCUGUGAGAUUCUAUUGGAAAAUUAUGACUCCAAGGAAACAUUGGCCAAGCUAUGACUAUGGAUGGUUGACAGAACAUCACAUGGGUUGUGCAAUGGCUAUGUUCCGGCGAAGAUAUAUGCGUGAGCCUUGUCCGUAUCCUAAAGAGCGCAUAGCUUUCUUAGACCAAGAUCUGAUGACUACAUUGAAGAAGGACUACAUACAGUUUGAUAUGGGGCCUAAGAAUUUUGUGUUUCGGGAUUCCUAUGUGAAACACGUUUUUGGUGAAUAUCCUGAGGAGUCAGCUACGAACAAGAAGUGGUGGAUUGAUGUGGAUAACUUAUACGCUUGUCUUUUUGUCAAUGGGAACCAUUGGGUGGCUUUGGAUAUUGACUUGCGAGGUAAGAAGAUUCACAUCUAUGAUAGCAUACCAACCUUGGUGAAUGACGAACAAAUGGCCAUUGCAUGUUUGCCUUUAAGGCGAAUGAUUCCUGCGAUGUUAAGUGACAUGAUUCCUGAGACAAACCGUAAAAAGAGCAGAGCAAUGUUGGAAUUGAGAAGGGUGAAGAAAAAUGUUCCUCGGAAUGAAAAUCCAGGUGAUUGUGGUGUGUAUGCUCUUAAGUACAUUGAAUGUUUAGCUCUUGGGAAAACAUUUGAUGGGCUUUGCGAUGAGAACAUGUUGGCUCUUCGGAUUAAGCUUGCAGCGGAAUUAUACGACGAAGUCAGAGAAUUAGCCAUACCAGCUAAUAUGACUGAUUCAUAUCCUCGAGCUAAAGCUAUUAUCAUCCCUUCCCUAGUUGAUGAGUCCUUGUAGAC